GCUGCCCCAGAACAGGACAUGGCCCGAAGCCCGGAUGCAGUGUGAGGCUGAGGAGGGCCAGCUGGCUAGCACCCUGGAUGAACUGUCAGUAGCCUACCUGGAGCUGCAGGCUCUGAAGCUGCAGACACCACUGUGGAUUGGACUCAAUAGGAAUGAGACGCACGGCUACUUCAGGUGGAUGGACGGCUGGCCCUUGAGCAUGAACCGGUGGGCCCAAGACGAGCCCAGCAGAGACCGGCCCUGUGUCUACCUGGAUGUGGAAGGCACCUGGAAGACAGCCCUUUGUAACAACACCUACCCCAGUGUGUGUAAGCAGUCCCCAGCCGUCCCGCCCACGGCCCCACCCCAGUACCCUGGGGAAUGUAUCCAGGAGGAGCAGGAGGAGAUCAGUGGUAGAAACACUCCCUGGUUCUGGUUGCCUUUCAGAGGGCACUGCUACAGCUUCGUCAUUAAUGACAUAGAGUGGGCCGACGCCUCCACCAGCUGUACACGUAAAGGUAGGAGGAGCCUCAAAUCCAAGGGUGUGUCGAAAAAUGCCGUCCUAUUGAAUCCCCGUGAUUUCUGACAAGUUGACUUGUCAGGAGAGAGAGGAGAUUUGAGGCCAUGUAACACAUUACAUUCAGAACUCUUCAGGGUACAUGCGUUCACAUUCAAUAUGCCAGGCCUUAUACGGGGUGCCGUUAUAAAAUGGUGCAUUUUUUGGACAGGGCCCAUCUCCCAUUCUCUCCCAUUCUCCUCCAAGUCUGGACUGGUUGACUGAAUUGUUGGAAGAAAGGUGGCACCCAGACUGAUGAUUUAGGACACAGACUGAUACACCUAUCUAAUGCUUUAGUACCCAGACUGAUACACCUAUCUAAUGCUUUAG